AUGGCUGGGGAUAACGAGCACGAUUAUCUACCUCUGGCUACAUCGCCUUUGGGAGCCGAUGAUGAUGAUGCUUUUACACACAAGGAGCAGAGCUCGAGACGUUCAGGUAGAAGGUUACCUUUCCCAUUCAACAAAGUACCUUCUUCCAUAAGAUCAAUACAGCGACUCCUCCUCAUCACUCUCCUGUUCGUGCCGCUUUCUAUCCUGAUCGUGUAUCUGGGUCGACAUAUUUUCUCCCCCCGACAUGAUCCAGUCGUGUCAAUACCAAUUCAAGAUAACCCUUAUUUCUACACAGGAGAUGUAUGGCAACACAACGAUCAAGUAGCUGCCCGACUCGAUAAAUGUUCUUCAAUGGGAUUACUCAGAAACACAUCUGUACCAUUCCAACCUCAUGAAACCCUAUCAGAAGAUGAAGAAAGAGAACUUGUAUCGCAAGGAUGUGGUACGAAUCAAACUACAAUAAUCAUUUUAUCUUCAUUGUGGUUCGCAGAAGCUUUCGCAGGAACUUCAACUGCGGGAGAAACGAUUUAUGCUCAAAGUGUCAUAUCAACCUUGAACGCUCUCAAUUAUUCUUAUGUAUUCGCAAGUUUGGGUUGGUAUAAUGCUGAUAUGAGGAAAACAGUUGAAUUAUGGCAUAAACAUAGAUGGAACGUUAGAAUGGUUUUGACCGAUCCAGAUCAAAUGGACGUUUGUUAUACGAACAAAGAUCAAAAAUGUUUGAAAACGGAAGAGAAUUCAGAUGGUAUUGAAUCUUGGAGAUUAUUGACUUUUUGGUAUUGGGACGACUCAGCAAAUCCAUUAGGUAAUCAAUUCACACUAUCACCUUCACCCCGAAAUGAUAAUUACUUCCUAUCUUAUUCUAUCGAACCUACAUGUCGGAGAUUACCCUCUUUACCCAUGUCCUUACGCCAUGAUCCACCUCAAGCUUAUUUACUCGCCAAACAAAUGCAUUAUCUAGAAAACUCGACUGCUUUUUCAUGGACUUUGGAAACGUUGAAACACCUAGAAGUGAAAUAUGACAUCAAGGUAGUAGGGGGUAUGACAGAGGAUGACGAUUCAACUAAAGAAAGAUUAAAACAAAUCGGAAUUGAAAAUCUGGGUAGAUUAGGUAAAAUUCAAUUUUACGAACAGUUAUCGAAAAGUUUCGUUUUUCUAGGUGUUGGUAGACCGAGAAUAAGUCCUAGUCCUUGGGACGCACUUUGUAUGGGUGUACCUUUCAUCAAUCCUAUACUCACAUGGGAUGAAGACGAUCCUUCAAAUAGGACUAAAUGGCAUGCUCAACAAUGGCACAUGACAGAUCUAGAUCCACCUUAUGUCUACUCUGUCAAAGCACAUGAUUUAGCCGGCCUCGAAGAAGCAGUAGGAUCAGCAUUGAGAAAUCCCAUACAAAGUUAUAUACCAGAUUAUAUGAAAUUCGAAUUCGCUUGUCACAGAACUGCAGACCUUGUACAAGGUGAUUGGAGAGGUAAAGCUGAGGAAAUAAUGAGGGAGAGAAUCGAUUCAGGUCAAGGUCAAGUGUACAUCUUGUAG